AUGUCAGACUACUACAACCAAAACCCAUAUCCUCCCCCACCAGGGAGCGGGUACAACCAAUAUCCGCCACCUCCGCGAUCACAACACGAGGGUGGUCAAACCUACGCUGCUCCACAGUCCUCCUAUGGAGAGUAUCAGCCUGCACGUGAAGACCAAUACCGAUCCUCGCCGCGUAACUCGGGCAUGCAGGUCGGCCAGUACGCGGGCGAAUAUGACGGUCGCUCGCGUCGUAACUCCGGCCCAUAUGCUGCCAGUCAGUACCGCGCAGGAGACAGCGCGUCAUAUUAUGCGCCUCCAUCGCAAGGAUACGACGACCGCUAUGACGACCGUCCAAGCUCCCGAGGCUCGAGACGGGAAAGGGGGAGGGAAAGAUCGCGGGAAAGGUCAAGAGAACGCGGGGAGAAACAUCAUGGUGGGCACGAGGCAGAAAAGAACAUAGGGGCAACUCUCCUUGGUGGUGCUGUUGGUGGAUGGGCCGGUCAUGAGUUGGGCCACAAGAACGGCCUGAUCACCGUUGCUGGAGCGCUCGCAGGUGCCUAUGCCGGUCACAAGCUCGAAUCCAAGCAUGAGAAAAGCAAAGAAAGGAAAAAAGAACGCCGGGAAGGCGAGGCUUAUGGCGAAUACUAUGACGACUACGAGGACCGAAGAAGCCGCUCGGUGUCUCGCUCCCGCAAGAGAUCAGAGAGCAGGAGAAGUGUGAGCAGUAGCAGCAGUGAAAGCGACAGCAGCAGGCGCAGGCAUCGUCACCAUCAUUGA